UCCUUGCGCUCGGCUGGGAACAUCGCCUCUCUGGGGGCAGCAGCAGUGCGCUGCAGAGCCGGCAGGAGCUGCCUGCCGGGGCAUGGAAGAAGCCUCUUUGACAGCCUUGAGAGGAGCGAGAGGAGAGCGAGCGCGCCUCUGUCUGUGACCCAGGCGUCGCCGCUGCCCCUCUCCCUGGGGAGCACAUCCACACAGAGGUCUCUCCCUUCCCUCCCUUCCAGGUCUUCCUCUGCAGAGCCCAGUGGAGCCAGUCCCCAAAGGAGCCAAGCCACAGGGGAGCAUGGAGCUGCUGUCCACGCCCCACAGCAUCGAGGUCAACAACAUCACCUGUGACUCCUUCCGCAUCUCCUGGGCCAUGGAGAACAGUGACCUGGAGAGGGUCACCCAUUACUUCAUUGACCUUAACAAGAAGGAGAAUAAGAACUCCAACAAGUUCAAGCACCGGGAUGUCCCCACCAAGCUUGUGGCCAAGGCCGUGCCACUGCCCAUGACAGUGAGAGGCCACUGGUUCCUGAGCCCCCGCACAGAGUACAGCGUGGCCGUGCAGACCGCCGUAAAGCAGAGUGAUGGAGAGUACCUGGUGUCCGGCUGGAGCGAGACAGUCGAGUUCUGCACUGGGGACUAUGCCAAGGAACACCUGGCCCAGCUGCAGGAGAAGGCCGAACAGAUCGCAGGCCGCAUGCUCCGCUUCUCUGUCUUCUACCGCAACCACCACAAGGAGUACUUCCAGCAUGCCAGGACCCACUGCGGGAACAUGCUGCAGCCCUACCUGAAGGACAACAGCGGCAGCCAUGGCUCUCCAACCAGUGGCAUGCUCCACGGCGUCUUCUUCAGCUGCAACACAGAGUUCAACACAGGCCAGCCGCCUCAGGACUCCCCCUACGGCCGCUGGCGCUUCCAGAUCCCUGCCCAGCGCCUUUUCAACCCCAGCACCAACCUCUACUUUGCAGACUUCUACUGUAUGUACACAGCUUACCACUACGCCAUCCUGGUGCUGGCCCCCAAGGGCUCCCUGGGGGACCGCUUCUGCCGUGACCGCCUGCCCCUCCUGGACAUUGCCUGCAACAAGUUCCUGACCUGCAGCGUGGAGGAUGGGGAGCUGAUCUUCCGCCAUGCCCAGGACCUCAUCCUGGAGAUCAUCUAUACCGAGCCUGUCGACCUGUCCCUGGGCACCUUGGGGGAGAUCAGCGGGCACCAGCUCAUGAGCCUGUCCACUGCUGACGCCAAGAAAGACCCCAGCUGCAAAACCUGCAACAUCAGCGUGGGCCGCUAGGGACUCCUGGGGAGGUGGGGGGCUAGAGAGA